UUUAUUCUGACGUGCCAAAUGGUGCAAUACCAUCCAGAGGUGGUAGGCGGUGUAGUGACCCGUCCGUAUAUAUACCGAUAACAGUGUUAGAUCAACAUUGUCUAGUGCCUUCACCGACAAACAAACACCAACAAACAAACAUGAAAACCAUUGUCCUUCUCGGUUUCUUGGCUGUCGCCCUCGCCGCUCCCCAAGCUCCCACUGAGCCCAUCCCCAUCCUGAAGCAAGAGAGCGAGAUCAACCCCGAUGGCUCCUACCAAUGGUCGUACGAAACCGGCAACGGUAUUGCUGCCGACGAGAAAGGAGCCCUGAAGAACAUUGGUGCUGAAGAGCCUGCCCUGCAGGUUGAGGGCCAGUUCUCCUACCCCAGCGAAGAUGGUGGCAACAUCCAGCUCACAUACGUCGCCAACGAGAAUGGAUUCCAGCCCCAGGGUGCCCACCUCCCCACUCCCCACCCCAUCCCCGAAGCCAUCCAGCGUGCUCUGGCUUACCUCGCCACCGCCUCUCCCCAACCUGAAAAGACUAAAAAACUAUGGGAUGGCACCUGUUUGCUUCUGCCAGUCGUACAGAUCUCAGCAAAAAUGAAAUUCUUGGUACUUGCUCUGUGCGUGUGCGCUGCGGCUGCACAAAACUACCCCGGUUUCGGUGGUUUCCGCAACCCAGCUUACGCCCCAGUCACCGCCGCUAAGGCUGUAGCCUACGCCCCGGUCACCGCCGCCAAGGUCGUAGCCCAGGCUGCCGCCCCCGUGGCCGUCCCCGUCGCCCAGGCCGUCGCUUCCACCUACGGUGCUACCAAACAGGUCGUUAACAAGGCUUACAACAGCGAUGUUGACGCCGAGAUCCUCCGCUACGAAAACGAUGUCGCCCCCGAAGGCUACAAAUACGCUUACGAGACCGCCAACGGUAUCCGUGCUGAAUCCGUCGGUACCCUCAAGCAGGUUGGCGAAUCCGCUGGUGUUGUUGCCCAGGGUUCCUACAGGUACGUCGCCCCCGACGGUACCCCCGUUGAAGUAGUCUACACCGCUGACGAGAACGGAUACCAGCCCCAGAGCAACCUCCUCCCCGUCGCCCCUGAGGUUCCCCCUCAGAUCGCCCGCGCUCUCGCUUACAUCGCCGCUCACCCCGCCCAGGUUGAGAAGAAAUACUAAAUCUAUUGACCUGACCAACUGAAAACAGCAGCGAAUUCACUAGAAACAACAAGUCAUGAUUAUGGGAAUGUUGAUGUUGAAUUGCAAAAGAUUUUUGAGUAAAUAAAGGAACUGUGCCAUCAUUUCA